UGAUAUGUAAAUGACGCUGGUGGCAUUGCAAACGACUGGACGCAUGACUGGCGUUGGUAGCAUUGUGGCAUUGCAAGCACCUGAGGAGGUCCCAGCUUUGAACUUCUUCUCUGCUAGAAGACGCCAUUGGAUCCUCCUUGCCUUGAAAGCUGCAAAGGAACUCUGCGUGAGGCAGUUUCUAUGGCCUCGAGCCUGGGACUCGUUGCCCGCGCUCCGUCCGCCGGCGCCUUCAUUGCGCAUACACCACAGAAGGAAGCAAGCUUUCCCAGAGCAGAUCUUGCGCCUCUAGCCUUUUCACACCAAAGAUCUGGAACCACCACCUCCCCAUCAGAGAGUUGCGUCCGUCCAGUUGGAGGGAGUAGAUUGGGUUCAGCGUUUCUUGGAGAUUUGCAACAAUUGCAGGAAAGACCGCAGCCUCUAGUGAGAGCAAUGGCAAGCGGGGCUGCUGCAGCUGCUCCGGCAAUGGCCAGUCUCGGCGAUCAAAAGCAAGCUCUCCUCACGGUCUCUGACAAGACGGGCCUGAUUGACCUAGCGAAGGGCCUCAUCGAACUGGGGUAUGCACUGGUGUCAACAGGCGGCACAGCGGCAGCCAUUGAGAAGGCUGGCGUCCCUGUGAAGAAAGUCGAGGAAGUGACGUCGUUCCCAGAGAUGCUGGACGGGCGUGUCAAAACGCUCCAUCCUGCGGUGCACGGUGGAAUCCUGGCCCGGCGAGACGUACCAGGCCAUGUGGAGGCCCUGGAGAAGCACAAGAUCGGCACCAUCGACAUCGUCGUCUGCAACCUGUACCCCUUCUACCAGACGGUGAUGGCGCCCGGCGGGACCUCCUUCGAGAACGGGGUGGAGAACAUCGACAUCGGCGGUCCCGCUAUGAUCCGGGCAGCCGCCAAGAACCAUGGUGACGUGUUCGUGGUGGUCGAGCCGCCCGACUACUCGACUCUGCUGGACGUGCUGAAGAAGGGGGCCGGCGGAGACGAGGAGCUGGCGUUCAAGAAGAAGCUGGCCUGGAAGGCGUACCAGCACACCUCUAGUUACGACUCCGCCGUCGCAGAGUGGCUCUGGAAGAACGUCGGAGGUUCCGAGCCCGCCCCCAGCCUGACCGUCCCCCUCACUCUGGCCUCGUCCCUGCGAUACGGAGAGAAUCCCCACCAGAGCGCCGCCUUCUACACUGACCGGUCGCUGCAGGAGCACGGGGCGGGGGGGAUCGCGACCGCUGUACAACAUCACGGCAAGGAGAUGUCGUACAACAACUAUUUGGACGCGGACGCCGCCUGGAACUGCGUGAACGAGUUCCCGGACCCUACCGCCGUGGUGGUAAAGCACACCAACCCGUGCGGCGUCGCUUCCAGCAAGGACGACCUGCUAGAAGCGUACCGGCUGGCGGUGCGCGCGGACCCCGUCAGCGCAUUCGGCGGGAUUGUUGCGUUUAACGUACCAGUGGACGAGACCCUUGCCCGGGAGAUCCGCGAGUUCCGCAGCCCGACCGACGGCGAGACGCGCAUGUUCUACGAGAUCGUGGUCGCGCCCGAGUACACGGAGGCAGGCCUCGCCACGCUCAAGGGCAAGUCCAAAACGCUGCGGAUACUGGAGGCCAAGGCGCGGGCCAAGGGGAAACAGGGCCUCCGGCAAGUCGGGGGGGGCUGGCUGCUGCAGGACGCGGACGACAAGACGCCCGAGGACAUCGAGUUCAAGGUGGUGUCACAACGGCAGCCCACGAAGCAGGAGUUGGCUGACGUCAAGUUUGCGUGGCGGGUGUGCAAGCACGUCAAAAGUAAUGCUAUCACGGUAGCCAAGGGGAACCGGCUACUCGGAAUGGGUAGCGGCCAACCAAACCGGGUGAAGAGUCUACAAAUCGCGGUUGAGAAGGCGGGCGACGAGGUCCAAGGCAGCGCUCUCGCCAGUGACGCAUUCUUCCCUUUUGCUUGGGGCGACGCGGUUGAGGACGCGUGCAAAGCUGGCGUGGCGAUCAUCGCCCAGCCUGGUGGCAGCCUCCGGGAUCAGGACGCCAUCGACUGUUGCAACAAGUAUAACGUCGCUCUAGUUAUGACAGGUGUUCGCCACUUCCGGCACUAGAAGCACCGCAUGACUGCACGCUCGUGAUCCUUCUGAUAUUUCGUCAAAGAAGAGACAUUCCUUUUGUGCGUGCUUGGGCUCGGGCCAUGGCAAUUGAACCAGCCAUGAGUCAAGGUAGAACCAUGGCCAUGAGCAAGCUAGAUCCUGAGUCAUAAGCUGAUUGUAUGAUUGUUGCACGUGAGACUCAGAAUGUGCUGCAAUCCUGCAUGGCUGGCCGUGCACCCGCUGCCUGUUAACACAGUCAACGGUCAACUGUGCGCGUGCUUCAGCAUGCGAAUCCCGACACAGUGCAACGGUUGCGUACAAUCAAUCAACUGCACGCCCGGCCCUAUCUCAUCCG